AUGAUCACGUUCAAUCUCGCUCACUGGGCUCCACUCAUCUUCGUGUCCGGACUGCAGAAUAUGUUCAUCAUGACAGACGGAUGGUGUGCUAAUUUAGGAGCACAGGCUUGCUUGAUCCCAACCUUCUCGAACGCUCUCUUGGCGGCGGCGCCUGUUGGCUUAGCGAUUUGUUAUCGACAUCAGAAAGCGCUAGUUCCAUCGUCUCGUUUCAAAUUCCAAACGCGCAGCGGUGUCAUCAUCUCGAUUCUCAUCUGCACUGUCGGCUUUUUGCCGCUUUUUGGAUUAUGUUUUGUGGUGAAGCAGCGAAAGAUACAGGAUUUGAUCGACGAAUCCCCACAAACGUGGGCUCCAUUCCUCAAUGAAACGUCGAUGAUUUUUCUCGAUAUGGGCCAAUAUUUCUUCCUCUUCUUUGCCAUUACGAGUGUCACAAACUUCUCGAUGAUUUUUUUCAUUCUCGGCUUAUCGCUGCAUUGUUAUUUAUCGAUUCGAAUGGGUACCGACUCGAAAUACACGCGAAAAUUGUCACUUCAGUUGCUGAAAGCAAUGGUGCUACAGAUGUUAUUAAUGAUCACUUUCGUUGGUGGGCCUUUUUGUUUUGCGGUCGUUGGGUUGAAAGUCGGCAUUUCGUCAGUCAUUUGCACGGACAUGGCUAUCGUUUUCUCACUUCAGGAUUUCAUUUGCUCGACAGCGCAAAUCGUCUCCUGUAAAGCCUAUCGGGAUUAUUUGUUGGCGGUAAUCGUUUGCAGAAAUAGUUACACUCAAUCGAUUGCUUCGAUUCAUGCAAAAAUCUUCUCAUUGAAUAUCCUAAAUUUAGGAGGAAAAAACGAUGAGAAGGGAAAAACGGCAUUGGGAGUCGCUGCCUCAGUUGCAAAGAGAGCGGAAAAACCGGAGAAUAGCUCGACGAGUUCCCUCGACUUACAUUCAAUGCCAGAGGUGGCUCGAGCAAGGAAAACCUCGCUGUUAUUCAUUCGACGAAUGCAGUCGAUGCCGAUGAUGACUAUCAAUUCACCAACAACA